GAGCAGUUCGUUCGGCAGAGCAGUAUAACAGAGUAGAGUGUGUGUGCGUCCAGAGCAGCGAUAGCAGUAAAAACGAAGAGCGAGAUAGACAGAUAACCAGAUAGAAAGGGAGAGAGAGAGAGACAUCCAGAGGCAGAACUGAGCAGACUGAAAGAAAGCAACACUCCCCUCCACCACAGUUGGAUAGACAGAGAGAUGCUGACAGUCUAACAGAAGCUCCUCACAUUUCGUCUACAUCCCAGCCACAGAAGACCACAGCUAUUCUUAAAGGCUGACAUAUACCAGAAGAAACAUCUUGACAUCUCAUACACUUUACUGACAUCCUUACGGCAGCACAAAAGUCCCUUAUCUCCGACCAGUCGGCUGUUCAUGGAGACCCCAAGCUGGGCAGAAACCAAGCCAGGAAGUGGUCUGUGCAAACCAGGAACCAUUGCACUGUUUGGUAACGUGGUGUACAGCGGACUGCUCAACGAGCACUUUUGGCAUUUUGGGGUUCCCCUCGUCACCAGACUGGGUAACCAAGAGGCCCCAGCUCCCCCUGAAGCCAUGGCCCAACCCUUCCCACAGGCCCAGUACCCCCCUCCCCCACAGAAUGGGAUCCCAGCUGAGUAUGCCUCGCCCCACACCCAUCCACCGGCAGAAUACACAGGACCAAGCACGGUGGCCGAGCACACCCUGACACUCUACACGCCUACACACACACAGAGCGAACAGCCGGGAAAUGACAGCAAUACCCCCACUCUCACAGCCAACACAGUAACCCAGGCAGAAGAGGUUGCACAGACGGAGGGCUCCCAGCAGCUCCACCUGCAGUCCAGCGACUCGUUGGAAAAGCAGCAGCCCAAGAGGUUACAUGUCUCCAACAUCCCUUUCCGUUUCCGAGACCCUGACCUCCGGCAAAUGUUUGGGCAAUUUGGCAAGAUUUUAGACGUGGAGAUUAUUUUUAAUGAGCGAGGCUCCAAGGGCUUUGGGUUUGUAACAUUUGAAACGAGUGCAGAUGCUGACCGUGCACGGGAGAAACUAAAUGGUACAAUCGUAGAGGGACGCAAAAUAGAGGUCAACAAUGCCACAGCCAGAGUAAUGACAAACAAAAAGGUGGCAAACCCUUAUACAAAUGGCUGGAAGCUGAAUCCAGUGGUUGGAGCAGUAUAUGGCCCUGAAUUUUAUGCAGUGACAGGAUUUCCAUACCCCAGUACAGGAGCAGCUGUGGCCUAUAGAGGGGGCCAUUUGAGAGGGAGGGGACGCGCUGUCUACAACACGUUCCGUGCUGCACCUCCUCCUCCACCCAUCCCUGCCUAUGGAGCUGUGGUCUACCAGGAUGGCUUUUAUGGAGCAGAAAUAUAUGGAGGGUAUGCAGCUUACAGAUAUGCCCAGCCAGCUGGUACUGCUGCAGCUGCAUACAGUGACAGUUAUGGCAGAGUCUAUGCAACAGCAGACCCAUAUCACCAUACGAUUGGUCCUACAGCCACAUACAGUGUGGGCACUAUGUAAACAAAAGAAAACCUAGGUGGAUGAGUGCAGAUGGACAUCAGAAAAAGAGAAGAACAACAUGGACACAGAAGGACACUUAAAAAAGAUUAACAAAAAAAGAGCCGAUUUGUAAAGGAGCCCUUCUAUCAAGAAUUACAGGGAUCUGAAAGGAGGUCGAUGUGGGCCUGCUCUGAGGCCAGGGACUGAAUCAUUUAGCCUGUAGUUCUGGCAAAGGGAAGCCUCCUGGCUCUGACCCCUGAAAAACAAGCCUUGCUAAGUGGAAUAGACCAAUUUGAGAAGUCACCAUAUAACAUUUUAUUUUUGUAAACUUUUUUUAAGUUUAUGAUUUCCAAAAAGAGCAAACACUAAUGUAUGUAUAUACAUAAUAUAUAUUAUAUGUCUGUAAUAUAAUAAGUUUGUUUUAAAAAAAAUUGUGUCUUUGCAAUUUAGAAGAGGGAGUUGAGGAGAUGCUAGCUUUCUCCCUGUCUUCUGAUUAUCACCCACCACACCCCACCCCCCUCACUCUUUGUGUGUGUGUGUGUGUGUGUGUGUGUGUGUGUGGUGUGUGUGCGUGCGUGCGUGCGUGCGUGCAUGCGUGCGUGCGUACAUGUGUGUGUGUGUUUUUGUGGGGGGUGUGGAGUAGGUGAUCCAGCAGACAUGUCACUAUUUAAUUGUUAAGGGAAUAUGGAGUCGCCUUCAGAUAAUGAAAUGCUUUUUGAUCCUGUCUUCCACUAAUGGACUUCAGUAGUGUAGUUGUUUGUCUAGUUUUGUCAAGCAGUCCGCAUUUUGAAGAUUCUAAAAAAUAAGAAUUAUCAAUAAGUAUCCCUACAAAAAAUAAGAAAGAUGAAUAAGUAUCCCAACAAUGAUCUGUGCAAAUUGUUAAAAGAAAGGAUAUAAAUGAUGUGAUCAUUUGACACAAGCUGAAGUCCACAGUGAGAGCUGAAAUGUCUCAGUAGUAGGUCAUGUCUGUUGGAGGCCUUACUGUCCCUUACAUCACUACCAAACCUUUUGUUGUGGUGUUGUGGUUUGAGUUGGCUGUGCUGUGUAGUAAACUGCUUUUGUACAUUGUGUUAGGUAGGUCAGGGAAGGAUAGGGGUGGGUGGGUUGAACAGGCAGUCUGAGGGAGGGUACAAAUAAGAAAUAUGGGAGCUGUCUACAUUAAAGCCUCAUAGGAAAGUCACCCAUUCAUCCUUAAACACAGACUUCCACCUCCGUGAGGGAUGGGGUGGGGGGGGGGGGGGGGGGGGGGGGGAAGCCCUAUAUGAAGUCAAAAAAAGGGUCAUGAACAAACAAAGUUUUACUAAGAGUCUCUUUAAACCUUUCUAUUUAUAUGGAUCUCUACUUUAAUAACAUCCUUCUAUAUUUAAACGUUGUACUAAUAUCAUGCUGUCAGGCAUGGUCGGAGAGUCAGUUGUAGCCAUUUACUAAUGUUGUAUUUAUUGUAUUACCAGUAAGGGGUAAAAAAAACAUUUAUAUAUGAAUAUAGAUAUAUCUAUUUGUUAUCUGCAACUCUUGGACAUAACUUUGUCUCUGAUUUUCAAAUUUCAUGCAGGAUUCAAUGCAUUGUCGAUGUAUGAUAAGGUUUUUACCUGUGAUAUUUUUUUAGUUGACAUUCAUUUGGUUUUGUUUCCCCUCAGUUUUAUUUCCCUUCACCUACUGAAUGUAUCUUCAAAAACUCUCAAACGUUUUAGGUAGAAGUGUUUUAUAUAUAUAUAUAUAUAUAUAUAUAUAUAUAUAUAUAUAUAUAUAUGUAUAUGUAUGUAUAUAUACAUACUUAAAAAAGCUUACAGUACUCUGUAAAUUAUAUACACGUGUAAAUUAUAUAACAAAAUGUUUCUGAUAAUAUGCUGGACUUCUUCUGCUGACCCAGAUAGACUAUAAUGCCCUGGCCAAAAAAAGAAAAAAAAGGGUGAGGGGAAAAAAUGACAAGGGAAGCAUUUAAAAGGAACACUAGUACCUUGCAGCCAUUGGGAGAGACAGAAUUUACAGGAUCAGUUAGAAUUUUUCUCAGCCAUGUUUUUUCAAAUUUCAUAAGAACAGGAGACAUGUGUGAGAGAGAAAGACAAAGGGAGGAGGAAAAGAAAAAAAGAAAAGAAAAGUCGGUUUUCGCUUCCUUUGUCAUUUUCAAAAUGAAUCUCAAAAUUAUCAAGGUGCGGGGAUGAGUGCUAAGUGGGGGGGGGGAGGAAAAGGAGGAGGAAAAUUGGGGGUAUGAAAGGGAGUGGGUACAGUCCCCUCUGAUGUACAGGGGGUGGACAAAUUUAAAAAAAACUUCCUGUAGUAAAUCAUGAUAUUGACAUCACAUACUGAAAAAAACCUGUUCAACUUCAUCUGUCUGUUGGCAAACUUCCUGGGUUAAGAUCAGACAUAAUAACCAACAUGUCGUAACACUUUAGAAGCGUGUUUACACAUUUUUGUUGAUUCGGAAGGGGAUUCAAACUACUGUUGAUAAUAUUAUUAAGAAUACUUUAAAAAUUAACAUGAAAUAAUAGGAAUUUUUGUUAUAAUUCAUUUUAGAGCCCCAGGUAGCACACCUGGUGCGUGCGCACUGCGGGUUUACCUGUGGCCCUUUGCUGCAUGUCAUUCCCCCUUGCUCUCUCCCUUCAUGUCUUCAGCUGUCCUAUAAAGGCCUAAAAUGCCCCAAAAAUAUCAUUCUUAGUGUGUACUUCACAUGAACCAUGAACAGAUGCAGAGCCAUAAAAGACAUCACAUGAGUUAUUCUGACCCCAAUCAGCGUAAUAAUUAAUACAAUUAUUGAUUUGUUAGAUGUUCAAGAGAAAACAAUUUACUCCUCUCAGGGUUUCUUUGGUCAGGAAAAGAAGUGAUCCAGCUGAAAAACACACACUACAUUCAUGUAUAGCUACAUUCAUGUAGAGACAUGAAUGUAGCUCAGUGUAGCUAAAUGAAAGCAGCACAAGCUGCUGCUGAACAUGGCUGU